CUGGGGUCCUUCGCGUGGCGGGAUUGACUGCUAACUAGCUUAGCCGUGAGUGUUGUGUUUCUGAAACUAUUGCUGAGUAUGUUCGCUUAGAGCACCGAAUCCAGAGGAGUUUUAUCAUCACAAAGACAGAGUAGAACCCACAAAAAACGACAAAGAAUCAAAUAAUUCAUUUUCGAAUUUUAAGAUUUAUGAGCACCUUUGGCUGCUCGUGCUAAGCUAUUAUUAGCCACCGCUAACGUUAGCCGCCUAGCUGACCACACUGAAAAAAUGUCUACUGGCAAAAGAAUGAGGAAAAGAAAGCUUCCAGACGAACAUUCUGACAAAGUAUUCGAUUUUUCUCCUGACGUGACGAAGAAUGGUCUUAGUGGUUCCGAAGACGACCUCAGGAAAGGCAAUGAAACUGUAAGUGUGGACAAAUCUUCAAAGAAAAGACUCUCUGCUGACUUUAAAGAAGACGAUGCAGCAUCUGCUGUUGUUGGGAAUGAAGUUCAUUCCAUGUUGGAGCGCUUUGGAGCUGACAUCAGCAAGGUGAUGCAGGCCAAGAGAAAACGUUUGGAAUGUCUGACCAAGACAUACAUGAGUGGAAGUCAGCAGAAACUGGAGCAACUCUGGGCCACCUACCACAGCCAGAGGCAGAAGAUGACUCAGGAUUACUCACAGCAGGUGUCAACGGUCCUUCAGCAGUGGGAGACAGAAGCGCAGCGGGUGGAGGAGCAGGAGGAGAAGCUCAACAAUCUGCUCAGACAGCAACAGAAGCUCCUUCAGCAGACCAAAGUUUUUCAGAACCAGAAACUGACGGCCGUCCGGGAGCUCUAUGAGCAGUUUGUGAAGAACAUGGCGGAUAUGGAGAAGAGCCAAGAGGGUUUCAUGCAGGGGGCGCAACAGGUGCUGAGAAAGGAGAUGGCCACCUUGCAGAAGAAGAUUCUCAUGGACACGCAACAACAGGAAAUGGCCUCCGUACGCAAGUCGCUGCAGAGCAUGCUCUUCUAGCUUGCCAUGAUCGUGCUGUUAAUGUGUUUGUCUUCUUCGGCUUAUGAACCCCUUCAAUAUGUUAUGAAAUACAUACCAUUUUUAUUUGAAGAGCUUGAAUAGACCAUGCUGUCUACCUCUGGGUAGCACUAUGUUCAAAGUGUUUUGAAAAAUAUUUCAAAAUGAAAAGUUGGACUAAGGAAAAUAGUUCUGUUCAAAGGAAUUGGAAAAACAGUUGGAAAUGAAAAGUCUUGACUACAGAAAAUAGUUAUCUGUAAA